GGACAGGAAGUGAUGCUCCUGAACACCGCGAUAGGUGCCUCCGACUGCGCCUGAGCAAAAUAAAAACUUCGCUGACGUGUAGGGCGACGGGAUUGAUGCGUAGGCUCUCCGGUUAAUAGAGGAUUCCCCGGAAUUUGAGGCGCUCGACCGGAGGAAGAUGAGUGUGGAAGUGGAAAGAAAGUUUUUGUGCAACGCUGACAUUCUAAAAACACUGGAGGAAACCGGAGUGUGUGUUGGUCAGCGCCAGUUUCGUGACCAGUACUUUGACAACCCCAGUUUUGACUUGACUCGCAGAGACAUAUGGCUGCGUAAACGCAAAGAAUGCUGGGAGUUGAAGUGCCCGAUCACCCUGAACGUGGCGGAAGAGGCGUCCGGGGUACAGUCCAAAGCGGCAGCACUCUGUUCCCGCUACAGGGAGUUGACCAAUCUGCCCGAAAUUCAGCGAAGGGUGAAAGACGUCUUGAAAGACAUUCGUGGUGACAGAGAGACGGAAGCAGGCCCCUCACAGGAGGACGAGUCCUGGCUGAGCGACAUGAAUCUGGUGUGCUUUGCAGAUUUCACAACAGUGCGCCAGUCAUUCACUUUAGAGGAGAAGGGGGUGCAGAUAGAUCUGGACCAGGCGGACUUUGGCUACCAUGUGGGAGAGAUCGAGGUCCUGGUUCCGGAGGCAGGAGAUGUGCAGUCUGCCUUGGAGAAGAUCGAAAGAACGGCUAGAAAACUGGGUCUGACGGAGGAUCAGCAAGUUAACGGAAAAAUGAAUGUUUACCUUCAAAGAAAUCACCCAGAGCACUACGCAAGACUACUGAGGGAACAUGUUUUUUAACAUGUUGCUUCACAGAUUUGAAGAAAUCUUUGAAAUUUACAACUAAAUUGUUCUAAAGUUGUAUCUUAAAUGUGGAAAUUCAGGGUUAGGGUUCAUUAAAUUAGUUUUUAUUUUUGUUAGUGUAAAGACUUAUUGUUUAUAAUCACUGAAUUAAAAACCUCAGCAAUAGUCUCUUAAAAUGUACUCUUGGAAGAAGGGUGUGUUCUGUUGCCCAAAUGCACCAGUUAUAUAUUUGUGUCUGGUUAAGAAGCAAAUGAGAGGAAGUGUGAGCCCUGGAGAUGAAUAGGAGGCCAUAGGCCGUAUUUAUGGUGAUUGUUUUGCACUGUGUUUUAUUAAAAAGACACGCAAAUAGACAUAUUAGACACUCCCUGAUGGAGUGCUGGUGACUGUGACCUUCACAAUGUGAACAUUUUCUUAGGCUGGCCUCAGCAGCUGGAUUUUUUCUUGUUUAUUAACAGAUGAUUGUGUGCAAAUAUGGCUGCCACAAUCAACCUGUUUUCAAUAUUAUUUCAUCCAAAAUGUUUACGAUCAUGUUGAUCUCUCUAAAAAUCUUCACUCCAAAAUGGUUAAUGGGUUCUUAGUUCAUUAAUGAUUUUUCUUUCGCUGUUUGAACUAAAGUGUGUGGUUUGGAAUUAAAUAAAUGU